CUGAAGCAUGGCGGUCACACGAAAGCGUCCUCGAAAGAGCUCGACAGAGAAUAAGGCAAAAGUGAAUAUGUCGAGAGCAGAAGACAACGGUACAUCAGACAUAUUUUUAAAGUUAUUCGCUGCAGCUUUCUACGGACUGGCUUCUUUUCUCAUCGUUGUCGUUAACAAGAGUGUUCUCACUAAUUACAGAUUCCCGUCAUCUUUUUCAGUGGGAAUUGGCCAAAUGUUGGCAACAGUUGUUGUGUUGCGAGGUGCAAAAUUAUUGAAUGUGGUAGAUUUCCCAGAUUUUGACUGGAAAGUUCCACAUAUGGUAUUUCCGCUCCCCUUACUCUAUGUGGGAAAUCAAAUAACUGGCCUGUUUGGAACAAAACAACUCAAUCUUCCAAUGUUUACUGUGCUCAGAAGAUUCUCCAUCUUGUUCACAAUGCUGUUUGAGGGUUACCUGCUGAAAAAAAGGUUUUCAUGGUCCAUUAAAGCAACUGUAUUUACCAUGAUCUUAGGAGCAUUUAUCGCUGCAAGUACAGAUUUGGCAUUUGACCUCCAUGGAUAUGUGUUCAUUUCUCUAAACAACAUUCUAACUGCUGCUAAUGGGGCUUAUAUGAAACAAAAACUGGACUCCAAGGAUCUGGGAAAAUAUGGGCUGCUGUAUUAUAAUGCUUUAUUUAUGAUUAUUCCCACUAUGGUUUUAGCAUACUUCACUGGAGAUAUUCACAAAGCUUUGGAAUAUGAUGGUUGGGCUGACCUUUUCUUUGUGAUUCAGUUUGUGUUAUCAUGUGUUAUGGGGUUCAUUCUCAUGUACUCGAUUAUGUUAUGCACCCAUUACAACUCCGCUCUGACUACUACUAUUGUCGGCUGUAUCAAGAAUAUCUUGGUGACGUACAUUGGGAUGGCGUUUGGUGGAGAUUAUAUCUUUACUUGGCUGAACUUCAUUGGCCUAAACAUCAGCAUUGCUGGCAGUCUGGUGUACUCAUACAUCACUUUCACUAAGGAACAAAAAAAAACAAGUUGAAGGAACAAACAAGAAUAAACAGCCUUCAUAGAAGAACAUUAAUUGAUUCUGGACAUUAAGAACCUCAUCUGUGAAAAACAUAAGUGGACUCAUUUCACGCUGCCGUGCUAUAGAGCACAACAUUGACCAUCCACUAUUUCAGCCAUUUUGUGUGCAGGAUUUGUCACACUCAUAUUCUCCAUUGACAUUUCAAAAAAAAUUGUAAACUGUGAAUCACACCAACUAGCUCAGAGAUGAAGCACAGGAGCACAGCAAUGUUUUUGUUGCAGCAGCUUCCUUCAUGGUGUCCUGCCAUGGACACCAUACCGGUUUAAUGUUUUCUGUAUAGUAGACUCAUGAUCAGAGAUGUUAGCCAGCUUGAAUGAUUCCUUAAUAUCUUUAGCUGUCACUCCAGGGUUCUUUUUUACCUCCAUUGAGCAUCCUGCGGUGUGCCCUUUGAGUCAUCUUGGCUGGACGGCCACUUCUAGGGAGAGUAGCCACAGUACUAAAUCAUCCCCCCAUUUUUAGACAAUUUGUCUUAACUGUGGACAGAUGAAUAUUCAAGCUCUUUGAGAUAACUUUGUAACCCUUUCUAGCUCUAUGCAAAGCAACAAUUCUUGGUCUUCUGAGAUCUCUUUUUCUGCAAGGCAUGUUCACGUCAACAGAUGCUUCUUGUGAAUAGCAAACUCAAAAUGUAGGAGUGCUUUUUAUAAGUCAAAGUAGCAAUAACCCACACCUCCAGUCUCGUUUCAUUAAUUGAAUCCCAGGUUUUUUUUAUUGAAGAUGUUGAAUGGAUCACAAAAUGGAUAACUACAUCAUUUCUGCCCUUGUUUGCAUAACAAAUAUGGUAAUGGAAAGUAAACCACAAAUGCAGUUGCUACAUCUGAUAUUAUAUUGAACCCUGAAGAUUUCUUUAAUUAAACAAUUAUAAAAUGACUAGUUCUGGUCCUCUAAUUUGAUUUGACACGUGCUCUGAUACUGAGUACAACUGGGAUGCUUCACUUUUUGUAUCAUUCUGCUCAUCUGUGUUUGCACACAGGUUAUCAGUCUGUGCUUCAGUCAGUUUGGUGACACAGAAUUUUUUGCUCUUGUGUGAUAUAGUUUUUAAAUCUUUUCAGGAAGCAAAUAAUUCCAUUAUCUAUUAAUACAUUCACAAUAUUUAUUUGAUAAACAGCAGACCACCUUGUCUUACAAUCAUGGCUUAAAUAGACACUCUCUGCACUUCUCCAAAUUAGAUAUUUCAGAAAACACCAUUGUGCAAUGGACCCGUGUGGAUCCAGAAGGCUUUACUAUUUAACAUGGAUUUAUGCAUAAUUUCUGAUCUGUGAGUGGAUAUAUCCCACACUAGACCAUUUAAAAUAUGAUUCUUUCUUGAAUCACGUACAUGAGGCAAAACAGAACUCUUAAAACCACUCCAGGCAGUAAACAACAGAAAUGACAGUAAAUGCAUGUGGACAUGUGGAGACAUGGCACCAUGCAGGACCUAUUGGACAACUGAUGAACCUUUUCUAGGACAUGGUGUGAAAUGAAGAGUGAAUACAUUUGUAUAACUGGCCAGGUGCUUGUUGAGGUAUGGGAGGAGGUAUAUUACACUAAAGAUCUAUUGAAGAGUGGCCUUUCAUUCUAAACAAAAUACACAAUGACUUUUGUGUGUUUUAUGACUUUCAAUGCAAUUUCUGAGAAACAGAAUGCGUCAUUUUCUUAAAACAUGAUACACAAGGCUCUAGUGAAGUAAAUCUAAAUGGACAGUUAUGAGGUUUCAUUUCAACAGGGUUUUUAAAACAAAAACAAAAGAUUAAAAAAGGUAGGCAUGAGAUACAUUGUUUCUUGGUGAAAGAUAUUGAAUGAUUUUGGGUUGUUUUAAUUCUGCCUAUUACUCACAAUCACUGUCAGUGGUGAUUCAAUGGUGAUAUGUUUGCCACAAAUCUUAACAGUUUGCAGCUUAGCAAGGAUUUCGUUCCCUCCCCCCCCACAAUUUUUAGUUAUGUGCAUUUCG